UGUGCAUUCGGAAUGCAUUGUAUAACAUGUAUGCACAAAAGAAGCAUGUCACGGUGGCAGCGUUAAAUGCUGAAAUCAAAAACUCCCAUGUAUUAUUAAGUGACAGAAGUUUAAAUCGUGCGGUACAUGCCCUUGGAUUUAAAUUCAAAAAAGACUCCAAUCGUAGGGCAUUGAUAGAAAAGCCGAACAUUGCAGAAAUGCGAACCAAGUUUCUUAGACAAUAUAUGCAGGAGAUACGUUCAUCUAGUCGAAGACCAAUUGUGUUCAUGGAUGAGACAUGGAUUUAUUCAAAGGGAAACCCCGGAAAGUCAUGGCAAGAUGAAGAUUUAAAAAGUGUGCGAAAACCUGCAGGUUACGAUGGGAAAAGAUUUAUUAUUGUCCAUGCUGGUACAAGCACCGGGUUUAUACAGAACGCUUCUCUUUUAUUUGUCUCGAAGUCGUUGAAAGAGGACUAUCAUGGGGAAAUGAAUGGAGAUCUCUUUAAGAAAUGGCUUAUCAAUAAUCUGUUAAACAACUUGGAAGAGCCUUCGUUAAUUGUCAUCGAUAAUGCACCAUACCACUCUACAUUAGAGAAACUGCCCACAUCGUCUUGGACUAAAGGUGAUAUGGUUGCUGGGUUGACCAGAAGAAAUAUUCCUUUUGAUUCUACACUCUUCAAGCCCGAGCUGUAUUCAUUUAUAAAAUCGUUAGGAAUCCAAAAACAAUAUGAGGUCGACAACAUCAUUAGGAACCAUGGACAUGAUGUUUUACGAUUACCACCCUACCACUGCGAAUUUAAUGCUAUCGAGUUGGUGUGGGCACAUGCUAAAAGUUAUUACGAUAAACAUAUUGGACGAGACGGCUACAGUGACCACAGUGUAAUUUCUAUGUGGAACGAGGCACUGCAACAAUGUGACGAAACGUUUUGGGCCAAUUGUGUGCGACACACAGAAGACGUUAUAAAGGCGUGGUAUAAACGAGAAGAAGUAUUAGAUUUCACUGUAAACGAAAUGAUAAUUAAUAUUGGUAGUUGCUCCGAAAGUUCAGAUUACGAUUCGGAUACGGAUUAG